ACUUCUAAAGAGAUCCACCAGAGGGCUUGUGUAAUUUAUCAAAGUUUUAGCUAAUUGCAAGUAAAAUCAUCGCGAUUAUUUCUGGGAUACGUUGAUAAACAAAGCAAUAUAACUGCGUAAAACGCAAAAACUCUUAUCGUACAAAAGUUAGAGUGAAGGGCGUUUUAUAGACUGUUUUAAAAGUGAUUUUUUAAGGAAAAAGUGAAUGACGAUAGAAUUCGUCACCAAUCAUUGAAAGAGAAGAAAAUAACAUCAGCUAAAUUGAGUUCAGAAGAACAUUAAAAGCUCUUCAUGACUCAUGUGUGAACUGAAAAUAUAAGUUUUUGACUGUGAUACUUAAUUGGCCUAACGAAGUGAAAUCAAAGACAAGCUAAAGUUUCUCAGUUUAAUCAGAUUCAUCGGAGCACCAAUUUGAAGGUGAAAACUUUGCACGGAUAACUCAAAUACUUCCGAAAAUGGAAACAUUCGAUAAUAAAAACCUACCACGACGGUUUCCAGGUCCGCCAAUUCCACUUGAAUCAGAAGAUCCACACCCGAGUUUGUCUGAUUGGCAUGAUUAUGAACCGAAUCUUGAAUUUGAUGAUUCUGAGCUAACGCAAAUUGCACCGGAAAUCAACGACAACAGUCAAAUUCUCUUUGAAGAUGAAAGUUUCAUGUCGGGCGAUUUCAAUCAUCCAGAAGAUGAGAUUGGAAAGACUUCAAAUCUUACAAACUUGGACGCUGACAAUUAUGAAGAACAAUUAAGACCGACAGACAUCGAUGAAGAUGCAAUUCGGAUGGAUUUCAGUAAAAGAAAGUUCAUCGAUUACAUCGGAACCGACAAGAAUGGUCAACCGAUCAUUGCAAUCUACGCUUGUCGUUUGCCUGAAAGAAAAAACCUCAACACAAACAUCUUCAUUGAUUUCAUUAUUAAGACAAUGGAACAAUAUGUGCAAAACGAUUAUGUCAUCAGUUACUUCCAUCAAGGUCUUAAAGACAUCAGCAAACCUUCUCUCGCCUUUCUCUGGAACUCUUACAAAGAGCUUGAUCGAAACUUUAAGAAGAAUUUGAAGCAACUUUAUGUUGUUCAUCCGACAACUUUCAUCAAAAUGGUUUGGUUCUUCUUUAAGCCGAUGAUAAGUGAGAAGUUUAAGAAUAAAUUAAUUUACAUUUCAAGUAUUGAAGAGUUGAAAGAGUUGCUUGGACAGAAGAAUUUGAUUGUUCCUGAUAAUGUUCGAGAAUUUGAUGAGAAACAAAACUCAACAUCGAGAAAGCCAUCAAUUUUAAACAACAAUAAUUCAAGAUCGAACAGUAAGCAAACAAUCGCAGUGAAAAUUUUAAAAACAGCUCAGUUUGGCGUGACGUUGAAGUUUAUCAAUGAAAAUAGUCCAUGCUUGAAUUACAUUCCACCAGUGGUCAGAAUGUGUGUUGAUCAUCUUUCAUUAUCAGAUGUUAUCGAUACCGAAGGCAUUUUUAGACGAAGUGGAAACAUCUCGAGAAUAAAUGAACUGAAGAGAAGAAUUAAUGAAGGACAAAUGAUUGAUAUGUCAAGUGAAGAUACGCAUGUCGUUGCCGGCCUCUUAAAGACGUUCUUAAGAGAUUUAAGCGAACCAUUACUUACAUACGAGCUUUACGAUGAAAUUAUUCAGUUUUUGGAUUGGCCUAAAGAAGAACGAUCGAGAAAUGUUAAAUUAAUUCUCCGUGAGAAACUUCCAGUCGAAAAUUAUGAACUUUUCAAAUACGUCGUCGAGUUUCUUGUCCAGAUCAUGGAUCGAAAAGAUUUUAAUAAAAUGACUUCAUCAAAUCUUGCCAUCGUUUUUGGGCCCAACUUGGUGUGGGCCAAACACGAUAUGAUGUCACUUGAUGAGAUUGGUCCGAUAAAUGCCUUCAUCGAUUUUGUCCUUCAGAAUCACGAUGAUAUUUAUAUCUUUGAUAUCAAUAAGCGUGACAUUAUGAAAGAUUAACAGAGGCUUUUGUAGACGAUUUGAUGAUGAGAUUGUGAUGUGAAAAUGUUCGACAAAUUAUUUUUUUUGUUUUGUUUGUUUUUGUGAUGUGAUGAAGUGAAUGGAAAAUGUCUGAAUGUUCUGUUAAAUUCUUAUUUCUUUUUUAUAAUUAGUCAAUCAUUAAAGAUACAAACCAGAUGCGAGAAAACAAAGAUGGAAAAAUUACCAAAGAAUAAGCGAAAAAAAAAACGAGAAGAAAAAAUCGCUAAACGGUGAAUUUUCUUUUAUUUAUUUUUAUAUGAAAUCAAUGAACGGCUCUGGAUGAGAAAUGAAGAAAUGAAUGUAAAUAAUUAACAAAUUUUAAUCCAUUGUCCAUCAUAGAAGUUUUAAUCGUGUCGGGUUUUAAUUAACUGAGAAUUAAAGUAGAGAGAGAGAGAGAGAGAGAGGGAGAAUGUGUGGAGUUUUAAUAAAAGUUUGACAGUCUCUGGAAAUCUUCCAAGGAUAUUUUUAACUAAAAUUUAGUGAAGAGGGAGGGAGGAAAUUUAUUUAUUCAAUUUUUUUAAAUUAAAAGUAGACUUGAAAGUAGAAUUGCCUUGAAAAAGAAGAAGAAAUGAUGAGGGAAAAAUGAAAACAGGAAAAAGUUUAUUAAUGGAAAUGUUGUGGAUAAGAAGACUCCACGUAAUUGUAAUCUAAUCAUUGCAAGUAACGUACUAAACGAUAGAUAUUCACUAUCAUGUCCAAGGAUGUGGAAAAUAAUUUUCAUUUCAUUGACAUUGACAUUCUAAAUUGUACUCUGAUGUAAGUUUAAGUGAUGAGAUUUCUGGAUGAAGAUGAAAUCGUUGAUUGUUUUUCGUUUUCAAAGGAUAACUAAAUAGAUAAUUUUAUUAAGUAAUUUAAGAGAAGAAACCAGAAAAAAUAUCAUUCGGAAGAUUGAAUUUAAAGAAAUUUAUGAGAUGGUUAAUAAAAAUUAAAUCUAAGAAAAGAAAAUUGUUGAAGAAAGUUCUGUAAAUUCUUAAAAUAAAUAAAUGUAAAGAAAUAAAAAA